CCCUUAGUGGGACAAAUGCGAAGUUAACUUACUGCUACUGAAGAUGUACUAGAAGAAUUUGACCUAAUAAAGGCACAUGCACAAUUAGCGUUGCGGUCAUAGCGAUCAGACAGCAAGGAGACUUGGUGUGGCGUUGAUAAAGGCAGCGCGCGGCCGCGGCAGUGCGGCGAAGAAUUUGAUGAGUCAGUGGAUUGCCAUGUUGCUGACUGUUGGCUAACUUCACUCCCAACUCACGCUGUGCAGAUUCGGUGCAACGUGAGGAAUUGGGGGAGGGAGGAAGUGGGGAGAGUUCCAGAUGCUCGAAGCAUGGCAGAGUUAGAGCGAGGGGUGGAGUAAUUAUGGAGCGGUAGUGUGAAACUUCGACGACUGUGGGUGAUGACAGAAGAUGAAAGCUACGGUGACUAGGCAUUUCGUGCCAACAAUGCGGUAGAUUCAUACUCUGCUGGGCAUGCACUUUGCCGGCUUUACCUGCCCGCAGCAGCCACAGGUGCUACUCAGGUUCAGGUGCGAGAGAGAGAGAGAGAGAGAGAGAGAGAGCGGGCCAUUGAGCGUCUCUUGUACUUGUUUGAUCGUCGUAUCGAUGAUUCUGAAUCAGGCAAUGGUGCUCAGUCGCAAGUGAGGAGAGUCCACCAUAGCCAGUGCCUUCACUACUCGUUCCCUGCUCGUGUGGUUCUCAGCUGUACACUUAUUCCGGUACCGCCCGCUUGGCCCACAACCUGGCUUGUCGAGUGCAGAAUCAUCUCCGAUGCUGGUUCAUGCUUCCGAAGUGGGCGUGGAGGAGCUGCAGAUGUUUGUUGUUUCGCCGUGUAGGGUCAAAGUAGUGUAAGCUAGCUAGUUUCCACGCUAGGGACAUGAGAGCUGAUCGAGAAUGAAUUGAAUGGCGAGUUAGAAGCUGAGUACAGUACUCUGGUUCUGUGGAGGUGAAAACUGGCUUGGUGGUGAGCAUGUGCUGAGGUUCGGUUAAGGGGUGUGUGUCGGCAGCUGGGGAGAGGGAGGUAUGGGAGUUAUGGCGAAGGUGGAGACUUCCCUCAAAGGUGGUAAACACCGUGAUAUCCCGGAGAACAGCAGUGGCCUUGGAGGGUGCACCAAAAUGAGCCUGGUCAUCGUGGUGGCAUGUUUGUGUUCGUGCAUAUAUGCCUUGUCACUGGCUUCUAUCAGCUCGAAACCUUGUUGGAGCAGCCUGAAAUCAUGUGAGAGUCGUGUCUGUGAAGGUGGGAAUGUGUCAACCUGGCGUGGUAUCGGCGGCAGGAGCUCACGAACUUUGCAGAGUCAGUCCGUUGCUGUAGUCAAGUCGCCGGCCAUGAGUAAGAGAGAAGCUUUAACUUCCCCGCCACAGUCACGGAUUCCUCCUGUGGCGCCUGCGACGCAUGUGCGUUUGAAGCGGAGGAACACGAGCUUGUCCCACAUUGUGUUUGGGAUCGCAGCGUCUGCCAACCUGUGGAAAUCUCGCAAGCAUUAUGUGAAGGAAUGGUGGAAGCCUGGCAAAAUGCGAGGCUAUGUCUGGUUGGAGGAGCCCGUAAAGAACGAGACUGGGUGGGGAGUGGAUGUGCCCCUGGCCCAAAUCUCGGCCAAUACCUCUCAGUUCAAGUACACGCACAAGGUGGGCAGCCGCUCCGCAAUUCGCCUGGCACGCAUUGUCACCGAGAUGUACAGAUUCAAGCUCCCGAAAGUAGACUGGUUUGUCAUGGGCGACGACGACACCAUUUUCUUCACUGACAACCUUGUUAGGAUGCUGUCGAAGUACGAUCCCACCAAGAUGUACUACAUUGGAAGCCAAUCCGAGAGCCAUUGGCAGAACACGGAAUUCUCGUAUGGCAUGGCGUACGGGGGAGGGGGGUUCGCUAUCAGCUUUCCUCUUGCCAAAGCUUUAUCCAGAAUGCAGGAUGACUGCUUGCACAGAUAUCCGCAGUUGUUCGGGAGCGAUGACCGGAUGCACGCCUGCAUUACAGAGCUUGGAGUACCCAUCAUCAAGAAUCGGGGGUUUCAUCAGUUUGACAUUUUCGGAGAUCCACUAGGGCUGAUGGCUGCGCAUCCGCUGACACCGUUGCUGUCGAUCCACCACUUGGACGUAAUAGCUCCAAUCUUCCCCAACAUGACCAAGCUUGGAGCAGUACAACGUCUAAUGAAGGCAGCCAAAGUCGAGCAGGCCAGCAUGCUUCAACAGACAAUCGUCUACGGGCGCCACCGCAAGUAUUCGUUCUCCAUCUCCGCAGGCUUCGUGGUGCGUGCUUACAAUGGCUUUGUACCGCCAUUGGAGCUGGAAGAGGUACCCAGGACUUUCCGUUCAUGGUACGGCGACACGGCCAGGUCCCAUUUCCCCUUCAACACCCGAGAAUUUCCCACCGACAUAUGCAAACAACCGACUCUGUUUUACGUUCACAAUCGAACAUCCAAACGAACCUCCGAAGAGUUGAUCGAGACCAUUUACAUGAAGGAGAACCUUCCAGCACGCAAUUCAACUGCUUGUGACACAAAACUGAACCAAGUGCAAAAAAUCCUUGUUCGGAGCCAGCGUCUUAACUACGCAUGGUUUGAGUCGAGGAGUCUCUGCGGGAAGGUGGCGUCAUGGCGGAAUGGCACGAUCGACAUCCUCGUGAAGCCUUGCGAGGAAGAUGAGCUGAUCAUCGGAAACUGAAACAGCUGUACUUAUACCUUCAACUAUUCUUUCUAGAAAUAACGAUGCACUGAAUGCAUGACGUGGCCAGGUUAAAAUUAGGUCAGCCGUCGGCGCGAUUGUAGAGCUCAGGAAAUCAACACAAUCUUCUCCAGCUGCUGUUCCGAGGCGGUGGUGAAGAUGUGAUCCUUGUUAGGAAUCAGCACCUUUUGCAUCAACCUGCAGGAGGAUCAAAUGAUCCCCUGUAAUGUCCUCCAAUUUGUUCACCGACCCAGUGGUUGGAAAAUCUUAUCAAGUUCGCUUUUAAUUCACUGAU